CAAAGUUGGAAGUUCGCGCACCGAGGCGCUUGGCGUUGUGUGGGAAGUGAGACUGGGGAGGACGGAGCCACCGAAGACCACUCUCGAGAAAAGGCUUCGUAAUUCAACAACUUGUCGGUCUCCCCAUCUCCUACCCACCACCGCCACACAUGCAACAACGUGGAGUACUGUAUUUUUUACAGAACGCCGAGAAGCAAAGGACGGUCUUGCUUUUUCUCUUAUCUCUUCUACCAACAUGAGUGUCAGUCCGGACUCUUUCACCUCCCCCAACCCGUUCCACAUCUGUAACAUCUGUCAGAAGGUGAUAAGCAAAAAGGGCUUCAACCCAAUUAGCUCAAUUCACAGGAAAUCGCCUGUCAGUGGACAGACAGCACAUUCAAAGGAAAAUGGCGUCCGUGUGCCUCGACCCUUCUCCAGUGGACCCAGUGCCUUCAUUCCAAAGGAGGAGUUCGACGAGGCGUCGACCGUCGACCCCCUCACGGAACAGCUCCUGGCUGAAGCGUUCUCCGGGGGGCGCGUGGACCACCUGACCCAGGUUAUGGGACUGCACCCCCCUUACCUGGAGUCCUUCUUGCACAGCCAGUUCUACCUGCUCCGGAUGGAUGGACCACUGCCCCUACACUGCCGCCACUACAUCGCCAUCAUGGCAGCAGCGCGUCACCAGUGUUCCUUCCUGGUUACCCAACAUGUGAGGGAGUUCUACAGGAUGGGGGUGUGUCUGGACUGGCUGAAGGGCCUGCAGUACGCCCCGCAGAGAUUGAGGAACCUCAACGAGAUCAACAAGAUCCUGGCUCACAGGCCUUGGCUGAUCACCAAGGAGCACAUACAGAACCUGGUGAAGACCAGCGAGCACAGCUGGUCUCUAGCGGAGCUGAUUCACGCCCUGGUCCUGUUGGCCCACUUCCAUGCCCUGGCCAGCUUCGUGUUUGGCAGUGGCAUCAACCCAGAGGUGGAACCCCAGAACGCCAACAAUUUCCAGUCCGUCUACAUCAGUAACUUCUGUUCGUGUGACCUAGCCAGCGACCAUCAUCUGGACCGCGAGGGCGUCUUCAGCAGCAGCAGCCCAGGGACCACCGACUCGGUCAGUGAGCUGGAGGCGCUGAUGGUGAGGAUGAAGAGGCUGCAGGAGGAGAGAGAGGAGGACGAGGCCUCCCAGGAGGAAAUGGCCACCCGCUUCGAAAAGGAGAAGAAAGAGAGCCUCCUGGUGGGGUCUGGAGAUUUCAAGGAUGAGGUGAUGCCCAUAUCAAAGGUGUCCCGUUUUGUGGAGGAUGCCACCUUUGGAUACCAAGACUUUGCCCGACGUGGGGAGGACAACCCGCCGACGUUUAGAGCACAGGAUUACUCCUGGGAAGAUCAUGGAUUCUCCCUGGUGAACAGGCUGUACUCGGACAUCGGCCUCCUGCUGGACGAGAAGUUCCGAACGGCGUGCGACCUGACCUACUACAACAUGGCCAGCCACGAGGACGUGGACACCACCAUGCUACGAAGGGCCCUCUUCAACUACGUCCACUGCAUGUACGGCAUCAGGUAUGAUGACUAUGACUACGGGGAGGUCAACCUGCUGUUGGAGCGCAGCCUGAAGGUUUACAUCAAGACCGUCACUUGUUACCCGGAGAGGACCACACGACGGAUGUACGACAGUUACUGGCGCCAGUUCCGCCACUCGGAAAAGGUCCAUGUCAACCUGCUUCUGAUGGAAGCCAGAAUGCAGGCAGAACUAUUAUAUGCCCUGCGCGCCAUCACCCGCUACAUGACCUGACCAGCCCGUCAACUGUGGACUCUGGUUUGACCGAUGCCAGCCCCUGUCCUUUCCCCCACACCUCCCCGACCGUCAUAACUGUCCUUGGAACAGGAAGCAGAAAUGUUUGUGUAUCUGUCUCUGCUUUCUGUGCCUUCUCUGUCUGUCUCUGUCUGCCUGUCUGUCUGUCUGUCUGUCUGUCUGUCUGUCUGUAUCUCUGUCUGACUGACUGACUGUUUGUCUGUCUGUCUGUAUUUCUGUCUGACUGACUGUCUGUCUGUCUGUAUGGCAUGUGCCUUCUCUGUCUGUCUCAGUCUGUCUGUCUGUCUGUCUGUAUCUCUGUCUGACUGACUGUCUGUCUGUCUGUAUGGCAUGUGCCUUUACCAUUGGCCUUUUCUAGUUAGGUAGAGACACCUUUUUAAAGUGUAGUGCAAUAUUUGUAGAGAUUCCCCUCCAAAUGACUAAAUAUGCUAAGAUGAAAGAAAUCCUGUAAAAUGUACACAGAAAUGGGUGCAAUACAGGAGAGCACAAGUUUGUCUGUUCGUUCCUCCACUUAGCUCCAUCCCAAGCUACUCCAUUCAGAGGGAGGAUUUUGAAUAGCCAUUACUGUAACAGUGUUAAAGAACUUUUGAAUAUAUCUCUGAAUGUGUGCCUUUAUUUGAGACUGUCCCUAUGACAUCAGAAAUGAGAUGAUCCAUUUAUCUUGAGAUCUGACAGAGAAUUACUUUUGUUGAGCUCUUGGAUUUGUUUAAAAGUGCAAUAUAUCUGUGUUUUCUUUUUUUUAUUAUAGAUUUAUAGAUUUUAUAAUGGUCUUUCUGUAACUGGAAAGGCCAGGACAGAAAACACCAACAGUCUUUUUUUUAUGUGGAUUAACAUUAUUGUCGUUAAUCUGACAAAUCACAUGAAUGAAUGUUAAAGAAGUAUUUCUCUGCAUUGCUUACUUCAUGCAUCACGAAGCCCAUCCUGACCUUAAAAGUCUUUGUUCCAUGUCUACAAGUAUUCCAUGAUGGAAUGUGAACCAGGACAUAUUUUAAGAUCUCCGAACAGGUUAAUCAAAUAUGGCAAUUGCUUUUAUGAUGCUAAAAAUCCUUAGAUAAUCCGAAAUGGAUCUUUAAAGACAAGCCUGUAGUGGUGUGUAGUUUGUGUUUAUCUUCCACAUUUACCAAAGAAUGUGCAGAGUACGGAAGAUAAAUCACCAAUAGGAAUACUUCAAAUCUAAGAUAAGCUAGGCGUUCUUUUUAUUUGGUUUUAUAAUUUGAAAUGGGCACCUUGCAAGGGGAAUUCUGCCGUCUUCUCAGUGUUUGAGUGACCAGCACUGGAUGCUUAUAUCUUGUCCAGUCUAUGGUUGUGGAACCAUGAUUCUUUUGUGAAUGAUUACUGCUCUUCGCACAUGUGUAUCUGCAAAUUAUGGACCCAGCUACUGAUGCCUGUGUGAAUCAGCUCAAGCAGAUCUUUACUGUUAAAAAAUAUGUUGUAAUUCCCAGUUAGAAAAUGAUUGCAAUGUAUUGCAUACUUUCUUUCAAAUGUAGCCUACUGCUUAAGACAUGUCAUUGUAAUUGUGUAGCAGUCUUUCAUAGCCAUCACCAAAAUACAAUCACCUGGCUUGUGAGUUUACUUGUGUAUGUAAAAUGUGAAGUGUCAGAAGUAUUGCUUGUUAUGUUGCCAACAUACCAUAUGUGAAUGCUGUCAUUUACUAAAAAAGUUCUUACAUGUUUGUUAGUAACUUUUAGACUAAGCAGAUCCACUCUAACUGAAGUCACGAAACAUUUAUGUUUCGUUCAUGAUGUGUUUUCCAAUAAUAGUAUCAUUAGAAAGUAAAAAUCACCACUUGAGACAAAGCUUCACUUUUUUUCUCCCAGAUUUUGUCUUUGAGGAUUGGUAAAGUAUUUAAGAUUGCAAUACAACCCAAAUGUUCUUAUGUCUUGGUUGAAAGUAAAAUAAAGACUGUGCAAUCCCA